AAUUCAACGACAAGUUACAAUUCAAACAUGGCGGGUGCUUUUACAAAAUUGGCUCUGCACUAGCAGCCCUCAUGUUUGCAGCGGAUUAUCGUUAAUUCGUUGGCUCUCAGAGGAGAAUUUACUUUGAGGGAGUUUUUUUACCAGUUUUGUUUCAUCUGGUGAUACUAUGUUAAUUUUACUGUUGAAUUUAACCUGGGCAUGGAAACUCAAAGAUUAGAUACCAAGUCACCAAUUCACGUUCAUGUUGCAAAAAAUACCCCAGUUCAUGUUCAUAUCAAGAAGAAAAAGAAAAAGCUGGCACCAAGAGGGGUUCCUGGUAUUCCAACAGCUGUUGAGACAAGACUUGCUCAAGGCCACACUUCAGGAAUGAAAAUUGCUGCAUCAAAUAAUAAGUCUAAAUCAAGAUUGAAGUCAAAAUCCACACCACCAUUUAUUCCACCUCCUGGAAGAACAUCUUCUGGAAAGUCAAUGUCCUGGGAGGGCCCUCGGCAUCGCCUAGAAAUCAACCCACCCGAUUUUCCCCAACGAAAGAGGGGACCUUUGCGUAUGGGCGAUUUAUCAACUUCAGAGGAAGACGAAGCCCUUGGUCAGGACAAUAUGUACGAAACAAGAAUCAAUACCCUUUUGGAUGAAGUUGGGACAUUGAGAAACGAGCUGACUCUUCAAAAGAGUGCUAGGGACGUAGAGAAGAGAAAUGAACAGCUUAAUGCUUCACGGAAGAUUUUGGAAGAACAAGAGGACGAAAUAUUGGGAUACAAAUCAGAGCUGGAUACGACUAUAAGAGAAAACGAGAGGCUUCGUCAUUCUAUGGAGAAAUAUAAGAAUGUUAUGGAACACUCAAGAUCUGAAGUAGAAAAUGUAGAAAAUGAAAAAGAAAUUCUUCUCAAGAAACUAGUUGAAGUUGAAGUGGAUGGAAAGGCGGCUGCUGAGGAAGUGGGGAAACUUCGAGAUACCGUUCGCAGAUUGAAACAUGACAAAAAGCUUACUGCCUCUGAUGUCAGUGCGCUGGCGCAUCAACGAGAGGUUCUCAUGCAAAAGCUUGAAGGGUUUGAGACAACGAACAGGACCCUUCGAAAGCUACUCAAGCAAGCACAUCUCAAAGAGGGAGAUACCAACCAUUUGGCCGAACAAAGAGAUGUCCUUUUGAGAAAAUUAACGGAAGCCGAAGCAAGAUUAGAAGAGUUCGAUAUGGUCACUGAGGACAAAGACAGGCAGCUAGAGGCAUUGAUGACGCAAGUGAAAGUCGACCAGGAGCAAGCUAGAACAUUGGAAGAACUGCAGCGGACGAUGGAGGCAACAAGAGGGCAUCUGCAGAAUCAACUGAAAAACAAGGAAGGAGAAAACAAUAGGCUAUCAGUUAGAUUACGUGAAGUUGAACAAGAGUUGAAUCGCCGACUUGUUGAAGUCGAGCAUCUAGAAGCUUUGUUAAGUUCAUCGCGGGAGAAAGCCACAAAGGACAAGGAAGCCCUAAAAAAGGCAACCAGGGUUCACAGAGACAGAGCAAAUAAAACUGAGGAAGCUUUGGACUCGCUGCGAAAUGGUUUAGCCUCUAAGGCAGAGGAAGCUGAAAUGUUAGCUGCAGAAGUUGAUACAUACAGGGAAAAAUUCACAAAAACAUACAAAGAAAGAGCAUCUUUGGAAGCGAGUCUGAUCGAUGCACGUGGCCAGCUACAAGAAUUAGAGAAAAUCAUGUACACGAUAGAUGCCAGCUCACCAAAAGUAUCAGCAGAUUCUCUGCCAGCGAAAUUUCAAACCAAGAUGCUAGAGUUGAGAACUUGUAAAGCGGAAUGUGAGCAGCGCAAAGAAGAUGUUGUAAAGUUGACUGGCAAGCUGGAAAACCUUGAAAAAUCUUCUACUUCUAAGAUUCUAGCGGCACAAACAGAGGUUACAAAGCUGCAGACGGCAGUUAAUCAAUACGAAACCCUUAUUACUGAAUUCAAAGCACAGAUAGAUAAAUACAGAAAGGAGAACGACGAUUUGACGGACAAACUUUAUCAAAAAGACAAGGAAAUGAAAAGACAACUCAACCAAAGUAAUCAUGACAAUGACAAGGUUGUAAGCAGGCUAGAGAAAAAGAUUGCAGAGCUAGAGUCAUAUCCAGAUUUGCUCAAGACUUCCGAGAUUCGGCUUGAAGACGCACAAGAGCGACUCCGAUCGUACGAAAAAAGGUCCACAGAACACACCAAACUAAUUGCCGAACUUACUCAAAAGGUUGAUACACAAGCCGAACAGCUCGAGCGAGUGCGUGAAAAAUACCAGGACAAAUAUGAUGAACUCAAACAGGCUCAAAUGAAAUUAGAUAACGCAGAGAGAAAACUUGAAGACUCGAAAUCUUAUCGAGACGAACUAGCAAACACUCUGAAUAAACGAGAAGACUCAAUCCAUGUACUUCAGGAAAGACUAGAUGAACAGCGCCAUGAGAACACCAGGCUGACGCAACAAGUUGAGAUAGCCUUGGCUGAUGCAAAAAGGCAGGCUGAGAUUCAGCGAGAAAAGGCUCUUAGCAAGGAACGCACAGCACAGGCCAGGAUUCUCGACCUUGAGUCGCAGCUCUCACGUUCAGCUGCAACUGCGCAGCAGCUAAAGAAAACAAAGGAUGACGCCGAGAGACGAUACAACUCCCGACUGCAAGACAUGCGCGACCGCCUUGAACAAGCGAACUCGUCAGCGCGGAGCAUGCAGAACUAUGUGUCUUUCCUUAAAUCAACGUAUACAAGUGUUUUUAACGAUACAACGGACUCUCCGAUUUCAUCACCCAGGCUUUAUUAGUAGGACUCACAUCGAUUGUGUUUCUGUGAAUUUGACACAACGUUUUUCCCCAUGUAGUAACUACAAACUAUACCAACGUGUUAUUCAAAGUGUAUUAAUGUUUUUCUUUUAUGAAAUGUGGGAUUUGUAAA